CGCCUGCGUGUCAGGAGCGCGGGCGGGUGGGCGCAGCCACGGCGUUAACGGACCGCAGGAUGGCGGCGCGGGGCUUAAGUGAGACAGCAUUGUCGCAGAACGAUGGACUUGCUUCCAUUGAUGAAAGUGACUUGUAUAAAAAUAUCUCCACCACAAACAAUUCUCUUCCAAAAGAGAUGCUCGUGCCAGACUCUCAGCACUCCGAUACAGAUGAGAUCUCAACUUCUGAACCACAAGCUUUAGUAAGUGAAAAUAAAGUUAUUGAACAGGAAACUAGUAUGGAGCCCUUUACAAAUUUGCCACAAUCAUUAGCAGUGCAAGUGGAAUCUCCUGAAGGUUCAGCAUCAAUGGACACUGAAUCUCAAGCUGAGAAUUCUUCACCAGAUAGAAUAGUGGAAGAUAUAGAAAAUGCAGGACUUAAUGAUUCUGAAAUUCCCUUUCCUGCGGAAUAUGAAAAGUUUUGGAAGGUGGUUGAAGACAAUCCCCAGGACUUCACAGGUUGGACAUAUUUGCUGCAAUAUGUAGAGCAGGAGAACCACAUUCUGGCAGCCAGAAGAGCUUUUGAUCAUUUUUUGUCCCACUACCCAUAUUGUUAUGGCUAUUGGAAAAAGUAUGCUGAUCUUGAACGGCGACAUGACAACGUGACAGAGGCAGAUGAGGUGUACCGACAAGGACUGCAAGCAAUCCCUCUUAGUGUUGAUCUUUGGCUCCACUAUAUCAAUUUUUUAAAAGAGACCUUGGAUAGCAACAAUCCAGAGACUGAUGCAAAAAUAAAAAGUGUGUUUGAACAUGCUGUGUUAGCUGCAGGAACUGACUUUCGCUCAGAUAGAUUGUGGGAAACUUACAUCAACUGGGAAAAUGACAGGGGAAAUCUGGAAGAGGUGACAGCAAUUUAUGAUCGUAUUCUUGGUAUUCCAACACAGCUCUACAGUCAUCACUUCCAAAGGUUUAGAGAUCAUGUUCAGAAUCACUUGCCUAAAGAUUUAAUCUCGCCAGAGGACUUUAUUAAACUACGUCAAGAGCUGGCAUCCACAAAUGAACACUUUGACAAUGAUGGUACUCCAAGAAGUGAUGUAGCAGCUGCAAUUGACAUAAAUGAUCCUGCACAAAUUGUUUCUGAAAUAGAAAAUAUGCGCCAUAGAAUUAUUGAAGUUCGUCAGGAAAUAUAUAACCAUAAUGAGAAUGAAGUUAGCCGACGAUGGGCUUUUGAGGAAGGGAUUAAACGACCUUACUUUCACGUGAAGCCGCUGGAAAAAGCACAGCUAAAAAAUUGGAAAGAUUAUCUUGACUUUGAGAUAGAAAAUGGAACCCUUGAACGAGUAGUGGUUUUGUUUGAGAGGUGCCUUGUUGCUUGUGCCCUUUAUGAAGACUUCUGGAUAAAAUAUGCCAAAUAUAUGGAGAACCACAGCAAUGAAGGUGUACGACAUGUUUAUAGCAGAGCAUGUACAGUUCAUCUCUCAAAGAAACCCAUGGUUCACUUACUAUGGGCAGCUUUUGAGGAACAGCAAGGGAACAUCAAUGAAGCAAGAAGAAUCCUGAAAGCAUUAGAAGAAUCUGUACCAGGGUUAGCCAUGGUCCGCUUAAGACGAGUGAGUCUAGAACGUCGCCACGGAAAUAUUGAUGAAGCAGAGUUUCUGCUACAAGAUGCUAUUAAAAACAGUAAAACACCCAAUGAGGCAUCUUUCUAUGCUGUGAAGUUGGCUCGUCUUUUAUUCAAAGUAGAGAAGAGUCUUCCAAAGGCCAGGAAGGUUCUAGUGGAAGCCAUAGAGUUUGAUAAGGAAAGCACCAAACUGUAUUUGAAUUUGUUGGAACUUGAAUACAAUUCAGACCUCAAACUGAAUGAAGAAAACAUUCUGAAUGCAUUUGACAUUGCAAUAAGUAGCUCAAUGCCCAUUGAAACAAGAAUUGCCUUCUCCCAGCGAAAAGUUGAAUUUUUGGAAGAUUUUGGCUCAGAUGUGAAAAGACUCAUGGUGGCUUAUGAUGAUCAUCAACAGCUUUUAAAAGAUCAGGAGUCCUUGAAAAGAAAAGCAGAAAAUGGGUCAGAGGAACCAGAGGAGAAAAAGCAAAGAAGUGAUGCAACAUUGGACUCUACUCAGCUGAUGAGUGGGGACUUGCAGGCUAAUCCAGCUGCAUAUAACUACAAUGCUUGGUAUCAGUACAAUUAUCAAACACCCUGGAACUAUGGGCAGUAUUACCCACCACCUCCUACAUAAUUUUCUUGGAUUUACGAUGGGAAUGAAGAAUUUUUCUUUUGUUUUAAAAGUAAAAAAUGGAAAAUACUGCAUUUUAAUGGAUGUCACCCAAAAUUGUGGAAUUUUUUUUUUCAAUGAAUAAAGCUGGGGAAAAGUGUUUAAUGCAAAAUACUUGAGGUCAGGCAUGGUUUGUAUUCACGUAAAUGAAUUCUCAUAUCUUUUUGAAUGUUUUUUUUAAAUCCUCCUUUAAUUUGUUAAUAGGAAAAUAAAUUUUAAAAAUGUUACAGAGCACCACUGAUGGUAUAGUUUCUUAACGGCCAAUUUUGUGCAAACGUAAGUUUUUGAAAAGUUGCUUAGAAAAUAUGUAAUCUAAUUUCAAAGUACAGCUAGCGUACUUGUAAUUCUAAGAGGUUAACUUCAAAGAAGUAUUUUUCUUUUUGGAUUAAAUUAAAAUUUAAUAACACAUCUGGGAGUCUUGACUUUUCAUGCUUAAGUGUCAGUGAUAAUUCCUGCUUUGUGAAUGUAGUACUCAUCUAUUUAUUAGCCAUCUUAAACAUAGUAAUGCAAUGGGAUAUUGAGGAUAUUUCCCAACCACUUUAGACUACUUUGUUCAAAAUUAAACAUAGAAACUGCUUUUUGUAAAAGCAGUUUGGUGCAAUUCUAGGAACAGUUUUAUUAAAGGGAUUUCUAAUAGCUAUAAUCUGCUAGCAACUUCACAUGUAUGUAAAAAAUGUUCAUGCAAAUGUGCCAUCUAGAAGUUCUCUCAAUUUGGAGCGCUGAGAGGGUAUCAAAUCAAGUCUGAGUACAGUAAAUUUUAAGAUGAACACUGAGAUUUUUGUUUCUUAGACAUAGGGUAUAAGGUGAAUGAUAGCUACAAUGGAUUUUCAGGAAAAACAGGGUAAGCCUGUAAAUUUAAGGGAGUUAUUUUUGGGGUAGGGAAGGUCACUGUAUUCUGGAAGAAUUCAAUUAUUUGAAUCAAAAAGUUUUUUUAAUGUAAAUCAAUUGUAUUACUAUAUCAACCUUGUAUUUGAUUUAGGAGAUUUGCUAAAUGCAUUCCAUUGCAGCAUCCUCAAGACAUAGCCAAUGUAAUCCUACAGUUGUUAAGAGAAAGUUUGAUGCCAAAAGUUGAGCAAUUCUGAGUAAAGAAGGUCAUCUGAAAGUAGGUCACACCAUGCACUAGAGAUAUAUUGUAAGCUAUAGCUCUUUUUGUUCUGAUUCCUAUAAAAUCAUUUGAUACACAUUUGUUUGCAAUAAUUUUUUUUCUGCUGAAAGGAAACACUUUAAAUUAUUCUUUCUUCCUUAUUACCUCUCAGCAGUAAUCAAAAUCCAGGAUUACUAUUUUAGUUAUUGAUAAAGCCAUCUAAAUAUUACAGCUCAAAGUAUAUGAGUGAAUUUUGUCCUUUUUGGAACUAAUCUUGUAGGGGAGCAAGAUCCAUUUUAUAACAUGCUUUUUGGCUGUUUUCUAAAUCUGUUUUCUUUGCAACUGCACCAUGUUAACACUGCUGGGUGAUGCAAAAAUAAAUCUUUUUCUU